UAUUAAUUUCUUUUUACAAUUAUAAUUUAUAUCAGUUAACGCAAUUUUGGCAGAUCUAUUUCAUUAUAACUACACAUAUAAAACAGUUUAACUAAAUAGGAAAAGUCAUAUUGUUUUUAAAUUUUAACAAUGGGACUGUGUUAGGAGUUUACAUUAGAAAACUGCUCAAACAAAAUAUUUAUUGUUGUUAAAAAUGCAAGAUAGUAACGAUACGCUGUCGGUAGGUCCGCAUUCAAGUGGAUCACCAGCUGUUCUGUUGACACCUGGAAGAACUAGAAACAUCGCUCAAGACAUGGAAGCUUUACGUCUUUCCCGGCAGGAUAAUCCUUAUUUACAACAAGUUAUGGCUAGCAGAGAAAGUUUGAUUGAAAGCCAAAGAGAAGAAUGUGAAUCUGACGACACAAUAUUAAUGUCACAGGAAUUUGGCAGCACAGCCCUGGACUAUGAUGAUGAUCCAUUGACAUUGAAGGAAGUGCACGAGCAUAUGAUUAGAUCACCUCCACCAACAAACUGUUGGCCUCAUGAUUCACUUUCGUUCCGCGCGUCGAGUGCAUUCGACUUUGCAGCUGAUAGUCCGGUCUCUUAUAGUGCUUAUUCCGUCAAUUACCAGGAAAAGUCACAGGAGCUACUGGGUAGCAAAUCGCCGAGACGUGGCCACCGUUAUGAGGAGUCUAAGUGUAACAACAACAUGAAUAGAGCUAGAGCCUCGAGAUCAGUGUCGCCUAGAGCACACGACAUCACCAUGUGCGGACGGCCUUUAUCAUUGCCAGGUGAGAGUCACCUUCGUAGCGCUUUGAACAAGAAACAAACGAACCAACAAACGGAAAAAUUCUCACUGCUGCAACACCCAAAACCACUUCGUAGGGCCCACAUACACAGACGCUCUGAAGACAGUAUACAGUUAGUACAAGACUUUACGAAGUAAGUGCUACGUCUACGAAUGUCAUGGUAUCGUUGUAACAGACCAUUUGAGGCUGAUUGGAUAUUAAGCCUAUGACACGUCGGCAAUGCUUUAAAUUGAUGUCAUUUAUCGUUCAUCGGGUACGUCACUAGUGUUGGAUCGACAUUUAUUAUUGGUCGGAUUAAAAAAGAUAUGAGUUGGUUGUAUUGACACGAAAUACUUCGCAACAAGAACGAAUGGAAUUUAUCAAACCUAUUAAUUUGGUAGAAUCCGCCGAAGUCAAUAUUUUUUCAAUUAUAUGAGUGUCGAUCUGACAUAAUGUGAAUUAAUUGUAGGUUUGUUGAUAAAGGGUAUCUGCUAGGAGAUAUAGUAUAAAAAGAAGGAUGGUGUGGUAUUGCGAUAAUUUUUCUUUAAGUGAGGCUUGUUUUAAAACUACCCUAAAAAUAACUAUUAGUUUCAGUUUUCGAAUUUGAGUUCAGAACUCGUUUACCUACAAACUAGUUCCUUUUACGCUAUAAAAUGUAUGAUCUAAUUAUAUUUAAUUAUUGUUAGCAAAUAUUUUGGCUAAAGUUAAUUGCCAUUUUUUUAAUAGUUACCAUUAGUUAUAUUGAGCAUAAUAACUAAGUUAUUUUAAAUUUUUCCUAUGUUCUCGCGUAGUUUUUACACUAUUUAUUUUAUGGAUAUGUUACGGAAUGGCUCAUUUCUUAUUUUGAUCUAACAACCCAGUAGACUUAAAUUCUGUCAAACAAAUGAGGUGAGCGGUCACGCGAUACUGAAUGCUCAUUGGUCUAGUAUUAUAACAACAUAUCGUAACCAAUUGCUAUUGGCUACUGUGGAUUUUUAUAAGAUCUGUGUUCCUAAUGUUGUAUCUGAUAGCGUUUGCUCUUGAAUUAUAAUGUAGAUGAUUAAUAAUACAAUCGCGAUCACAUCACCCUGCGCUCGGUCACGCUGCGAUAUGAUGGAUAGUCUCAUGUGCCUUUAAUUAUUAAAAAUUAGUAAAAAUAUGGGUAUGCGUUGCUAUGAUUUAAACUAAAACUUGUCGCUGCCAUAACGGAUUUACGAUAACAAUAUAAGAUUACAUAUAUUAGGCGGAUACUUGUUGAAAGUAUUGAGUGUACCUAUAAAAACUAUUUUAAGUGCCGUUGCUGGUACAACAAUUUAUUGCAUAUUGGGUCAACGAAAUUUCGUUACCCAAAGGUUCAAUUGUAAUAUAUUUAGUCUGCCUGUCUGUCAAUUGUUAUAUUGAUAUGUCAAGCAAAAACCUGCGCAUAUAGGAUAUUGUGUCAGACUAACCUGACCAGAGUGGCCUAACGACAAAGAUUGCAAUUAAAAAUUGUAAGUUAAAACUUAAAAUUGAUCAUUUUGGUAAAAGUGGUACAAGUUAUUUAAUGAAUUAUUAUUAUAAUUAAUAUGAAAUUAUAUAUAUAGCUUUGCACGAAACUAGUUACGCCACCCUGGUUGUCAUGGCCUGAUAUUAUGUUUUAUAAAGAAUAAUGCAGAAAGUAUUUUUUUUAUAAAAGUUUUAAAUGUAAAUUUAUUAAAAAAUCAUUAAGUUAUCUACUUUAGUCCCGAGGUGCCCGCGAAAGAAUUUCUAAAUACCAGAUAAAAUUAAUAUUCAAAAGCAUUUUUUUUGGCAUAAUAUGAUAAAAAAUAAUAUUGUAUUUAAUAACAGUCGACGUUCAAUCUUUAACGGAGUACUUAUUCAAAUUAUCAUAAGAAAUUGAGCUGCUUGAAACACAGCUUAUAUUUAUUUGCUGAUUUUAAUUUAUUCUGCGAAAUGGCACGCAUCUAAGUAAUGUCAAUAAUGAUGAAUAAUUAAUCAAUUUGUUAUGAUGCUUCAAACAAGUGCUAGGAAUAGUGUAAAUUCAUUCGAAAUAGUACGUAAUUCGUAUGUAGGGAAAUUUCCUACAUUUCGAAUAGUAAAUUUUACAAUCAAAGCAUUUUCUUGUGAAAGUAGACUAAAAUAAUAAAAUAUCACCGUAGCGCAAUGGAUUGAUGAUGAUUUAGAAGAACAACUAAUGCUCGAAAAACUUAUAACUGUUCGGCGUGGUGUAAAAUGUUUUUAACAGCUGGCUUUCAAACCGCGAACCAAUGAAAGGCAAAGGCAAAAAGGCUUUCGUUAAAACUUUUGAAUAGUUUUCCGUUUUUAUGUUUGAGUGUACUUCCAGUUUUCCAAUAUAGCUAUACCUUACCAAAUUUUAUGGACAAUACGACCACAGAUCCUGUUUAAGGUGGAUCCUAGAGUCGAACAUGCCAAGGGUUAUGAGCGAAGCGUCAUAGGACAGUUGAAAAACUGUAAGUUAACAGCGCUAGAUGAAUUUAUUUUAGAGACGCAGAGUCCAUAUAUUUGGAUUUUCCAUUGAUGAGAAAAAACGACCUGAAUAUCUAGAUUUGUGACAGUGUUAAUAUUAAAUAGUAUAUGAACUCAAUCGCAUAAUGAUGCCAAUUCUCUAUUAGUAGAAAUCUAGUUAAUAUAGUAAUCUAUUGACAAUUACGUGUCUUAGUAACGCACACAUUACUUAGUGAUUAUGCUAUAGGAUAAGUAGGAGGCUUUGAGGUUAUGUUAUAAAUAAUACAGAUGUUAAGAACAUGUUUACAGUUUCCAGUUAAUUCUAAUGUUAAUUAAUGAAAAACCGGAAUAAAAUAGAUAUUUUUUUGACAUUGUACAGAAACUAUUUGUCGUUCUUUGGAAUAGACCAACAACAAAUAAGUCUAAGCUACGCGCAAAUAACGCGGGGCGCUACAAUAGCGACAUUAACGGCCGUUUUCAAUAACCUAUCUAUCUUUAGUUUAACUUACUAGUAAGUACCUCUAGAUGUAGACAUAUCUCUCCUUUUACGCUUACUUACAUUUCAACAGCCUAUCGACAUAAAGCAUUGGACAUAACUAUGUAUAGAUAAGAUCUUGUCAUGAAAAGGUGAUAGCAAUGUAUCCGUAACUAGAGAUACGUUAUUGAAAACUGCUGUAAAUGAACACACGGGAACAUCACCGUAAUAAAAAAAGGAGGUAUUUUUUUUACUUUCAAACAAAGUAAUUAUACAUUUAGAAAACAAAAUUUUAAUCACCCUUACGUGGGUGCUAUUCACCUACUUAUUUUAGUAACGUAAUAUCAACUUGAAUAUUUUUCUGACAUUAUUAUAAAAUAUACUCAGUAAUAUUAUCGAACUACCUUACCUACUCUUGCCAUGUAUUAAAAAGUGACACUUUAUCAUGCCUAACCCACGGACUAGUAAAAAAAGAAGGACUCCGCGCCGUGAUAUUAGCAAGUGGGGCACCUUUAAGCUAGUGUGAGAAGUAAGUCACGAGGGAUACCAGUAUCACAAUUAUUUCUCCCACAAUUUUAGUCAUAUAUGACGACAAUUACUUUGUAACUCCGAUUGUUAUCAAAAUUUAAUAUAUUAUUCCUAAAAUAAAAAUAAAUGAAAUGUAUAAAUAGAUAAAUUACACAGUAAAAAUGUACUAAUGUAUGUACAAUUUUUUAUUUUUAUUUUUAAAAAUUAAAAACUUAGUACCUACAAAUAAUUCAUCCAGGAACUGUAGUUCGUUUGUUUGCCACUGACGGUAUAAAAUAAGUAGAUUUUUAGAAAAAUCAACUAUGUGCGUUAUAGUUAUUUAUUUGCAAAGUACACAUCUAAUUUAAGGGUCUUUAAUUUUGUUCUUGGUACAGCGUCAUUUAGGAAAGACAAAAUAACAUUUUAAACUUUUAAGUUUCUUUAUACUGAUAUUUCUUAAUCUUAAAACAAAAAGAAAUCUCUACAUCUUGAAACAGAUAAUGAUUUAUCUAAUUAGAACAUCAUUAAAUGGAUUACCCACUUUUUCGGGUAAAGUCCCUAAUUAUUUACCGGCCACACUGGCUGUCAUUAUCACGCGGAGCGCGAAAAUAAAAUUAUAACUACUGGCCUACCUGUGAAACGUAAUUCCAUGAUACUUUUUUAUGUUCCGUAGUAUUCUUUUUACACGCUUUCACAACGCACGACGGCAAUUUGAAAAUAUUUUGUUGAGACGCAAACUGAUCUGUCACAGACGAUGACAAUUCUCAUAAUGGCCGCCUAUCGGCCUGCAGUAGUGCGAGUGUGUGCGUGGGGCUAUGUAUUUACACGUUAAUCGGCUUGUUUUGUUGCUACACUGUUAUGUAAGGUGACACGGAGUCCUUAUUUUUACUAGUCCGUGGCCUAACCUUAUAUUUUUGUUAAGUUUAAUGACGUAUUCCAUAGUGUUGCUUAUAUGAUAGAUGAUAAGGGUUAAAAUAUUGUAUUUUCUUGUAAAUUAUAUUGGCUAUCAAAAUUAUAGGCAUUUAAAAUAUAGAUAAUAUAAAAAUCUAUUAAUAUUAAAAUUCCUGUUGUAGCUAUUAUUGGUAAAUAUUAAGUAGAUAUUAAACUUUAGCAGACUGUGUUGCACACAGAACCAAGGGUUUUUAUCAUUUAAAGAGGCUUUUUUUUUCCAAUUUUCGAAAAAAGUUAAAAUGAAACUGGCAUUCGUUGCGAAAGAAAUAAUUCAUUAAAAUACGAUUUGUGAUUAAGUAUGUGAUUUUUAUGUGUAACUAAGUUUAAUAUUGUAAAUAUUGCUUCACGAAAAAUAAACUAAAGCAAUAGAUACGAGCAAAAAUAAGUAAAGGAAAAUACAAGCUUAAUCAACAGAUUGUUUCAAUUAUUUUUGAUUUGGGUUGUAUUUAAUUGCAACAAAUUUUAAAGUUCUAUAAAUUAUACUUCUUUAGGCGUGUUACGAAAAAAUAAUAGAGUGAAAUUUUAAGAUGCGUACGCAUCACUGUAACACAGGUUGAAGUUGGUUCCUUAAAUUUUCUGAUGUUUGCGUCAUCCGUUUUGUUUUGUUUCUUAGUCCAUUAUUAGGACAGGCAAAGGGUUCAAGCCCAUACAGCCGUAUUCAUUAUUAAAUAAUUAAUUGUCAAAGCCAUCUUUGCAAAAUGUUUACAAAAUUGUUGUUUCUAAAAACUUAAAAUAGCACGACGAAUAAAUCAUUUCAAUGAUUUUUGCUUCGUUAGGCUGAAAAAGUAUAAUUUCUUGCGUGCAUACUUAAGUACACACACACUUUUUUUCAAAUAUCAAUGCGUUACCAACAUUAGACAUAACAAAACGUAAAUAAUAUAAUAAUAAAUACAUUCGUUAAGUGUUGUAUAAUCUGUAUCAUUCUGUUUCCUUACGUGAGGUAAAAUUCUUUUUAGUCUGUGGAUUAACAUUAAACAAACAGUCAACGUAAAAUAUUUAGCACUUCUUUCAUGCUGGUAAUAUUUACCACAUUUAUAUACUUAACAAGUGUAUCACUAUUACCUGAUUGUAUAAUAUUAUUUGUUGGUCUGCAUGUAAUCGUAUUUACCUUUAGCUUACGCUCAAUUUUUGCUCACAUCAGCUGGUGAGAAAAGAUGAUUUAUCACUAGAACUUUAUUUACUAACUAAAUAGUGUGAUAGCGACCAAAUAAGCUAAACUUAUCAAACUUGUCCCGACUUGUCUUAUACCAUAUAAUGUUAAAAAAAAAAUUACUGAAGAAAUGGUCGUUUUAUAAGCUCGUAGGCUUUAAACAUGUACACAAUGUCUUAUAUAAAGACCUUAUUAAUUGUUACCAAUGUAGAUAUGUUUUACCCCUGUUAUGUUAAAUCCUUCUAUAUAUUAUAAUUAUUGUUAUAUUAGGCAUAUGUGGUUGUUUAUAAUAUAUGUUUAUUUGUUUCAUUGAAUGGCCUUUUAAGUUGAAAUCGGAAAAAGAUAUUUAAAGCUUUGCUAAUAUAAUUAGUUUGAUUGUAAAUAUUAUUAAAAUCUUGACAUAAUAAAGCUAUACUUUGUGAUUUAUGACUCUUUUUAGCAGCCCUAUGAUAAGUGUGUUUAGUAUGAGAAAAAGUGACGAGACGAGCAAUAAAUAAAAUACGUUAAACUGAAGGUAAGUGAUACGAAAUUGUGAAUGAUACGAUUAACGUUCUUGAAAAACCCAAAAUUCUUGGUCGCUCAUCAUGCAGCUGACAGUGACGGGGUGGCUCCUUUGCACCGGAUGCCGGCUAGAUUAUGGGUAGGAUAUAGGCGCCUAUUUUUACCGUGAAGCAGUAAUGUGUUAACAUUACUGUGUUUCGGGCUGAAGGGCGCCGUAGCUAGUGAAAUUACCAGUGACAUUAAUUAAUUGUAGAGACGCUCAGAAUUUUUUGGGUUUUUCAAGAAUUCUGUGCGGCACUGCAUUGUAAUGGGCCUGGCGCAUCAAUUACUAUCAGCUGAACGUCCUGCUCGUCUCGUCCCUUAUUUUCACAAACAAGGGAGCCGCUCAGAAUUCAGAGCGGCUCUUCACUUUGAGAUAUUUAAUGUUAAGUGUCAUUAUCUCGGUAAUUGCUAUGGCGCCCUUCAAAUCGAAAUAAUAAUGCUUUUAUUCAUAGAAUGUUAACUUUUUCUGCCGUUUCUUCCAGUGUUGUGCUUUAAAGCAGUACAGCCGAGUAAGUAGAUGUUGCUUCAAAUUUUAGUCUUCUACGUAACAUUACUAGGGUUGCCAAAAAGAAUUGUUACAUAACCUCAAAAAUUUUGGAAACAUUGUAACCUGCCUAAUUUAACUGAAAUCACAAAUGAUACAAUUGAUAUUCGUUUUAUGUAAUAAUUCUCUAUUGUAAUUUAUUUCAUUAAGACAAGUGUUACACACUAAAAAAACACUUUUAAAAGAAUUAAAACGUGUGUAAUUAUAACUUGUCCGAGGCAACAAAUGGCGCUAAACUGUCAAGUGUCAACUGCAGUCACCCUGAAAACAUGCUCUGAAAACGUCGGCUUAGCUAAAAUAAUAAUAAAAAUGUAACUUUUGCUCAAAAACUCAUGUAUAAACACAGUUACAAUUACAAGCGGUUUAAUCUUAAUAGCAAUACCAUAUCAGCUAUUAUUUUUUAGUGGUCCUUAAAAACAUAACAUUAAUUAUGUAGUAUUUUUAUAAAACUUAAACAUACGGCAACUUCUUUACCAAUUAGAAAUAUGAUAUGUAAAAAAAUAAAGUUAGCUUUGUCAAUUAUUUUAAAAAUCUAUGUAGGCACGCAAAACAAAUUUGUUUGAUUUUCAUAACACUUACUUAAAGUACAGACGAUUUAGUUUAUAUUAAGUAUUAUGAACUUAUUGUAUUAUUUUACUGUCAAAUAAUAUGUAAUUUUGUUAUCUUUUACCACCGACACAUAUAGAGUAGUUGUGCAGUAAAAAAAAAUAUGGUAACCGAGAGGAUAACUUCAGGGCGAGCUGAAGUAUGAUAAAUUACAGUUCUGUUAAUUUUUUUAUUUAUUGGCAGCGUUACUGUUAUUAUAUAAACAACAAUAUAAGACCAUACAUUACUCAUUUUGAUUGGUAAUACCUACAUAAUAAAAUCCAUAUGUUUUAUUAUGUAGGGUAUGUCUACUACAUAUACACAUUAACGUCAUAUAAUUUUUAAUUACCGUUCAUUGCUUUAAAUAUCAUGGUACUUAGUACCUAUCUAAAAGUUAAAUAUAUCAAAAUUGAAGUAUGAUUUAUUACAAGGUAUGCUAUAUUACUUUUUAAUCGCUGGUCGAUGAAUUAAUGUAUUAAUCAAAAUAAAAUAUAAUUAUUG